AUGGAUGGGAAUCAACUUGUAGUAACUUGUUCAAUUUCACAGAAUAAAAAUACUUUCGUACCCACCUACGCUCUUAUUGAUACCGGAGCAUCAGGAUAUGCUUUCAUUGACGAAUCUUUUGCACGCCACAACAAACUCACAAUGACCCCACUCAAAAUACCUCGCCACGUAGACGUUAUAGACGGCAGACCUAUCAAGUCAGGAAAAAUUACCCAUAUUGUUGAUAUUUCACUAGACAUUCAUGGCCAUCGAGAAAUUGUGCCAUGUUUUGUAACGAAGCUAGGACACUAUCCGAUUGUGAUGGGAAUACCUUGGAUGAGACGUCAUGAUGUUACGAUUCGACCAAAGGAGAAUUUACUAGUUUUUGAUUCUCGGAGCUGUUGCCAAUACUGUUCACUCAGUGGAACUGCAGUCGUUGUUCAUGGCAUCUCGAUUCCGUUACCGGAACACCAUACAGUCAUCGUUUCAGCAACUGAGAAAUCUACUAUCGACAUCGAACAACUGAUACCGAAGGAGUUCCAUCACUAUAUCCAUAUGUUCGAAGAAUACGAUGCUUCAAUUCUUCCACCACAUCGACCGUUCUAUGAUAUGAAGAUAGUAUUGGAAGAAGGCAAGCAACCACCAUGGGGGUCAAUAUAUGCUUUAUCCCAAAUCGAAUUGAAGGCGCUCUGGGAUUAUCUUCAGGAAAAUUUACCCAAGGGAAUUAUUCGCCAUAGUGAAUCCCCAGCGGAAGCGCCCAUAUUAUUCGUCAAGAAGGCUGAUGGAACACUUCGACUAUGUGUCGACUACCGGGGCCACAAUGCAAUUACGAUUAAAAAUUGUUAUCCACUACCGUUACUGAAGGAAACCUUGGCUAAACUAUCGAGAGCAAAGUACUACACCAAAUUGGAUUCACGAUGGGGAUAUAAUCAGAUCAGGAUAGCGGAAGGAGAUGAGUGGAAGACAGCGUUCAGGACCAGAUAUGGACAUUUCGAAUAUACAGUAAUGCCAUUCGGGUUAGCCAAUGCUCCGGCUACAUUUCAACAUUGGAUCAAUGAUAUUCUACGCCCCUACCUUGAUCAAUGCGUAACGGCCUAUUUAGAUGAUAUUCUCAUCUAUUCCGAGACCCUCGCAGAGCACAAAGAUCACAUUUAA